UCCAUCGCAACAUUUCAUGCGAAUCCAAUUAUUCGCCCCCUGAGAAUGCCCUGCAAACAGCGCGUGCCCCCUGCGCUGAUCCCGCAAACCGGCGUCACUUUUCCUUCAGGUGGACUAACUAUGGACCUAGACCGGGGCUAUUGGCUGCGGUGCGACUUUGGCACGCAAAUUACUCACUUGGUCGAUGGUUCAUGGCUUGGCUUGGCCUGUUAUGAUGUAUGGUAUCGAUUUCUUCUUCAUCCUUAUUCUCUCACACCUCUUUCGUUCCACCACCCGUCCACCUCUCCCUGCUUUUCGCCCAGCGGGCCACCACUCUCCCUUCUGAUCUCCAGCAGUUGAUCUGCUUCGCAUCCUCACACUUGUCCCAAGAGCCGGCUCUUGACAUCUUCCCCAAACAAGCUCUGGCAGCUUUUCAGUUCGUGCCCAACGCACACCACUACACACCUUCCAUCCACCCAUACUCUUCCCACAAUGGUCUCCUCUCCCGCCGUCUUUGUCCUCUCCCUUCUCCUCGCCUCCCAAUCCGCCUUCGCCGCCAAAGCCACCGCCCCUCCGGGGCGUCAUCGACACCCUCGAGGCUUCCGGCAGGCCCUUGAAGAGCGAGAGCUUGAUGAGAGGCUGUUGCCUAUCACGGCGACGACGACUAUCGUGGUUCCCAUGACGGCUACUCAUACUGUUUGGGUAAACCCGACCGGCGGCCAGGCUGUUUUUGGCGAUGGCGGUGAUGAUGAGGAUUCGAGCUCGAGCAGUGUUGUUUCGUCGGCGAGCGAGAGCUCUGUUUCCUCUUCCUACACCGAGUCAAGCACGGAGCCGACUGCGUCGGCAUCCUCUGCCUCCCUGUCAUCAUCCGAAUCCCUUUCCUCCGCCUCUGAAACCCUUUCCGCCUCAUCCUCUCUUUCCCAAUCUUCUUCUGCUUCCGCCUUUGUUGGCGCAGCGACAAAUUCUUCCUCCAUCGCCGAGCCCACCGCAUCCAGCUCUUCUUCUCUCUCUCCUUCGGCAUCCGCCACGGAGACUAUCACCUCAUCCUCCAUUGAACCCUCCUCUACACAGGCGUCGACAAAUUCGAGCUCUUCUUAUCAAGAAUCGAGCUCUUCGUCGGCUAGCGCGCCCAACAGCACCGUCCUGUCUGAGGAUGAGAGUUCUACGACCGAGACUGCUAGUUCCAGUGCGUUUGUGACGGCGAGUGAAAGCGAGAGCACGGGUGCACCCUCUGCGAACGAGACCAGCUCUAGCAGUACGAUUUCCGAGGAGCAGUCGGCUACCCUCACCGACUCCUCUUCUUCCUCCGCGCUGCCUACCGAGUCUGCUUCUCAAUCCGCCAACUCGUCCAGCGGGGUUGUCUUGGCUGGCGCUUCCAACUCUUCUACCGCUUUCGAGCCCUCGGCUACCCUCUCUGAGGUCUUGAACAGCUCUGCGUCCGCUAGCGAGACUGCCUCUGCCUCCAACUCGAGUCUUGAGGCUACCGCUUCUGCGACUGAGAGCGCCACGUCUUCUUCUUCUGGCUGGUGGUGGUGGCCUACGGCUUCAUCCUCUGCUUCCGCCUCCGAGACCAACUCUACUUCGGCGAGCGCUUCUCAGACUGAGUCUGCGUCCGAGUCUUUGAGUACAUCUGAGAUCAACUCUACCUCUGCGACUGUUUCCCAGACCCAGUCUCCUUCCGAGACUUUGUCUAGCAAUGUGUCGUCUACGGCUACAGAGUCGGCUACCGACUCGUGGUCCGAGUCUAUUUCUUCCACUCCUACCGCCUCCGCUACUCAGUCCAACUCCUCUGCUACCAACGCCUCCUCCACAGCGUCCUCCUCUUCUUCCGCUUCCUCCUCCACCUCUACCCUCGGUACCAACCUCAUGCUCGGCUACUACCCCGACUGGGCGACCAACAUCACCCCCGAAGACGUCGAUUGGGACAGAUUCGACAUUCUCGACUUUGCUUUCGCCGUGCCCGACUCGGCUGGUGGCUUGACUUGGGACGAUGACAGUGCUACCGAGACUCUCACCAGCCUUGUCACCUAUGCGCACAAGGCCGGCAAGAGGGUCAAGCUGUCUGUUGGUGGAUGGACCGGAUCAGCCUACUUUUCCACCCUCACCGCGAGUGACUCUUUGCGAGCCACCUUUGUCUCCAACAUCGUGGACUUGUACGACGAGUACGACCUUGAUGGUAUCGAUAUCGACUGGGAGUACCCCGGUACGGAUGGUGCAGACGGUAACGCCGUGUCCUCCGACGACUCUGCCAACUUCCUUACGUUCCUCACGGACUUGAGGUCAGCUUUGCCGAGCGGGGCGAUCAUCACUACUGCUACGCAGGUGUGGCCUUUCGCCGAUACCGACGGAAACCCCAUGACGGAUGUGAGCGCGUUUGCCAAGGUGAUUGAUUGGAUUUUGAUCAUGAACUACGACGUUUGGGGUUCUUCCACCACUCCCGGUCCCAACGCUCCUCUCUCCGACGGGUGCAACAACUCUACUCAGCCGCUGGCGAAUGCCUACGCUGCCGUGUCUUCUUGGACCUCCGCCGGUAUGCCCGCCGACCAGAUCACUCUUGGUGUCCCCGCCUACGGUUACCUUCAAGACUCAACCGCCACUUCUCUUAUUCAACGUCGAUCCGUCGACACCACCCAAUCUCUUCCUCACAGGCGUCACGCCAUGAGCCUCAAGAACAAACACCGAAAGCGAGCCAGCGAUGUCACCGUCACGAACGAGGAUGGCGGUACCAGUGACGGGCAGGUCAUGUGGUACAGUCUUCUCUCGCAAGGGGCGCUCACGUUGGAGGAUGGAUCGUAUGUUGGUGACGGAGGGUUCACUAGGCACUGGGAUAGCUGCUCUAGCACUCCCUGGCUCAAGUCGAGCUCCUCCGGGCAGAUCAUCACAUACGACGAUCCCGAGUCCAUGAACCUCAAGGCUCAGUUCGCUGCCCAAGCAGGUCUCAGGGGUUGCAACGUUUUCUCUAUCGAUGGUGACUACACAGGCUCCUCCUGGCCUUUGACCGAUAGUGUUCGAAGUGGUAUGGGGUUGUAGAGACGAUCCUACCAUUAGGAUUGAGAAGAGAAAGAACGAGUCUUGAUCUGUUGAUUUUGUUUAUAUCAUAGUAGGGAUAUUUGAGAGACCUUGAUGGUCUGGAGGACAUUGUUAUAAUACACUUAAUGAAUACCAUACACCAUACACAUACACAUACACAAUGCAUAGCUUGAACACUGG